AUGACCAAGGAUCCCGAAGAGCAGUAUGAGGCCCUCAGUCUGACCGAGCUCAAAAGCAGCGCCCAGGAGAGGAGCGUCAUUGGGUACAGCGUGAACUUCACCGUGGGGGGGGUGCUGCUCUUCGGGGGGUUCAAAAUCGACGCGGGGGCGGACGGCAAGGGUGGCGACGAAGAUGGUGGGGGUGGCAGCGAAGGUGAAGGUGGCAAUCGCGAAGUUGGCGGCCGUUGUGAAGACGGCUUGGGCAGCGUCUGCAACGACGCCUACCUGGCGCACAUCAAAAAGGAGAGAGUAGAAUAUGAAGUGGUGAGGAGCAAAGUCAAGCCCCAAUGCAGGUGCUACCACAACUCGUGCACCCUGCUGGAAAACUACGUCGUCAUUUUUGGCGGGCUGAACAGCGAAGUGCCCUUCGUCGCGCUCAACGACUUGUGGAUUUUUGACAGCGCAAAUAAAAGCUUUGCGGAGGUGAAGGUGGGUGGCGUUGAGGGAGCGACUGGCGGUGAUGGAACGAUUGGCGGUGAUGGAGUGGCUGAUGGGGAAGAACCCACUGAUGACGAAGAAACGACCGACGGAGUGGAAACAGCGGCUGGGUCUUCCAAAAGCGAGGCAGGCGACGAUUACGCAAAAGAGGGCGCGGAAGACGAUGGGAACAACCACAGCUACAUAUUAAACAGCGUACACUUGAAAAAAUUAGGGAAGUACCUGAGCUGCGACAAACGGGCGCUUGGCAGUCAGGGCGGCUGCGUCGUCCCCGCCCCGAGGUACUUCUCCAGCUUGGACCUGUACGUGAGCAGGAGGGGGGAGGCGGCGGUGGAAGCGGCAGGGGAAGCGGCAGGGGAAGCGGCAGGGGAAGCGGCAGGAGUGGUAGAGGACCCUGCAGAGGGAGCUGUAGACGACGGGGCGAAGGACGCAGCUAAGGACGCUGCUAAUGACGCUGCGGAGGGGAGAGCCCCACUGAGCGUAAGAAACAACAAAGUUGUCCUCAGAAAUGCAGGCGCGUACGAACAUUUCAGCCUCAUCCUAUUUGGGGGGUACGGCGGACACGACCGCAGCAGCCUCAACGACCUGCACGAAUACGACCUUCUGAGGAACCAGUGGAUCUUAAGAACCUGCAAGGGAAGCACCCCCCCGAGUAGGUACGGGCAUAUAUCCUUCAUCAACGAAAAUCAUUUUUUCAUUUUGGGAGGAACAAACGCGGAAGUGAGCUUCAAUGAUAUGUACGCCUGUAACUUGAGGAACAACGAGUGGUCCGAAAUAGAUUUUGCCUACUCCUUCAACGUGUCUAAAGUUUUCUGCACAAGUGUGAUGGUCGAAUCGAUUGACAGAAAUAUUAUUUUCAUCUUCGGGGGGCAUAACAUCGUUAGUGAUGAAAAAGGGAACAGAAAAAUUGAAUACACCAACGCAGAGCUGAACAUGCUGAAGCUGUAUGACACGUUUAAGCUGGAGGAUUUGAAGUACUCCGUGGUUAGCAGCAGGGAUUUUGAAGCGGGUUCUGCCUCUGGCGCGGUGGGCACGCCGGGCACGGUUGCAACGGGGAGAAGUGGCGGCAGCAGUGCGAACCAGCCCAGCCAAGGGGACAGACAUAAAGUAACUCCUAGGGGAGAUGCCCACGAGCAAGAUGACCCGACCAGCAACACCAACUUCUGCUCCAUCACGUACGAUUUUGUAGACUCCAAUUUGAUCAUCACAGACGCGAGGCAAAAGGUCUACGUGAUGAACAUAAGCAGAAUCAUAGGACCCAAAUACGCCAUCUUCUCCCUACUCCCAAGACAGUGCGCCAUGGAGGGAAUGAAAAAAAUGCUCCUAAAGGGAAAAGGAUUUACGAACGAGGGGAAGAUAAGCAUAAAAUAUUCGUCUGAAGAUGUGGACCUGUACAGUGAAGGGGUCUACAUUAAUGAGAGUCACAUUUACACCAUUGUGCCCAGUGCGAAAGAUAAAAUUAAAAACAACAUGUGUGAUGUGCACCUCUCCAUCAACGACAAAUGCUAUACCACUAACAAGUGCGUGCUGGAGUAUUACCACAAUAUAGAUGCAAAGAAGACCCUGAUUUUUGGGUCCGGCUUGCUAGAACCCAUUUGCUUAAAAGAACCCAAUGUCUUCUUUCUCAUAGCUAGGAACUCCCUCAACGAGAAAAAAAAAAUCGGGGGAGAUAAGUUCCAGAUCAGCAUCACGUACGAGCAGGGUGAGGUUCACCAGGAUGUCAAAUACGCCCUGUAUGACGUGAACAACGGGUUUUACAUCGUCAAGUACUUCCCCGUCGUGGCAGAAGCGGUGGAAGCGACGGAAGUAGUGGAAGCAGUGGAAGCGGCGAACGCGGACGAGGGGGCAGUCGGCCAAGGAGAUGAUCAUGGAGCAAACGCGGAAGAGCCCCCGCUCCACACGGGAACCAUCCACAUAUCGGUGAAGCUGAAGGGGGAAGACACCCGAAGCAGCCCCUUCGCCCUGAAGGUGUACAGCCGAGUGACAGACAAAGCCACGUGCGUCAAAAAGUUUGUAAACGACCGGUUAGAGGACUUAAUAAAAAAAGGAGAGCAUAUUCUCGACCUGAUCCGAAACAAAGACCUCAGCACCGCCAACCUGAUUGAGCUAAACGUUAACAUUGAAAGCUUUCUGAGCAAUUUCUCCAAGUCGAUUUAUGAUGUAAAUACCAUCGAGCAGUACAUCCUAUACGGGUGCCUCGACGCGGGGGCGGUGGAGCCGGUGCUGGAGCAGGUGCACCGGGAGGGGAACGUGGCGGACGCCUCUCUGGAGGACGAGUCGUCCGUGGAGCGGUACAUCGACGAGUUGAUAAGCGGUCAAAGCGGUGGGAGCGGCGGAAUCGGUCAAAGCGGUGGACGCGGUGGAGGUGACGCCCCAGCAGAGGCCCCCGCGCAGGACGCAGACGCAGGCAGCGCCCUCCUGAAGGUGAAGGACAACGAAGGCGUUGCCAACUUCAUCGAGGCCAGCAAAAUGAAAUUCGCGGACUGCGUGGAGGCCGACUUGGUGAAGAGGCUGAAGAGCUGCAUGGCGCUGCUGAGCAGCGAGGAGUCCGGCCUGCGCGGGGGGAAGGAGGCGCGCAGGAGCGACGCUCUAGGAGGUACCUCCAUGGGGAAUAUCGCUCUAGGAAGUGCCUCCCCCGCUUCCACCCCUCUGAACCCCCCGCAGGGAGAAGCCCCCCAAGUAGAAGUGAUCGAAAAUUUGCUGAGCUUCUACCACAAGCUGAAAUCCGUGUGCAUCCGCAAAAAGGAAAAGGAGCUAAAGGAGGAAUUCGUGAAGGAGGAAAAGGAGAGCAUAAAAACGAUGAAGCUCAACUACAAUAAGUUUAUAAAUGUGAAAAAAAAUUUGGAAACCUCCAGCGUCUACACGUAUAGCAGCGGAUAUGAAGGGUCCCUGAAAGAGCUGGAGAGUAUGAAGAAAUAUGUGGCAGAAAUAAAAGAGGAAGUUAAAAAGGUGGCACAAAUCUCAGAAAAAAUUGUGAAGAUAGACCACGUAGAAGAGCUAAGCAAAGAUAUAGACAAUUUAGAAAAAGACAUUGACGAAAUAGAGAAGCUGUGGAUUUUUAUAAAAAAAAAAGAUCAAGUGUUAAAUGGGUUCCUUUUCUGCACAUUUAAAGAACUAGAUGUGGAAGAAUUCGAUAUGCAAAUGAAGAACCUCCAAAACGAAUUUAAGAAAAUUAAAGUAGACAGGAAACACAAUAUAUGGAAGGAAGAAAUGGCCAAGCUGAAAGAUACCAUCAAAUAUAUAUCAGUCAUAAGCGAAUUGAAAAAGACGUUCAUCAAGAAGAGACACAUUAAAGAGAUCGAAGUCAGCAUAAACGAGGAGAGACAAAAGGAGAGCCAAGAACCAAUCGAACUCAUCAUCGAUGAUAAUACACUCACAAUUUAUUUUUACAAACUGAAUGUGGUUAAGUACCAUGAGUCUAUAGAAGAGGUUAUCAUCAAAGCGUAUAAUGAAAAGAGCAUCGAAGAGACCAUACACAAAUUUGAAGACUACUGGGAUGGCAUCCAUUUUAAAAAUAAGGAUUAUAAAAAUGGGAUCAUUCUAACCUACAUUGAUGAUACAUGCAUUGAGACCAUAGAAGAACAUCAGGUCAGUCUCCAAAACUGCUUCUCAUCCAAGUACUUCCUCUUCUUUUCAACGGAGCUAAACAUCUGGCAGAAAAAAAUCUCCAACAUUUACGAGGUAAUUCAGCUACUGAAAGAUAUAGAAAAGCUCUGGGUGUAUCUUCAAAAUAUGUAUGUCUACUCAGAGGAGGUCAAAAAGGAAUUGCCCCUGUACUCUAAAUUUUUCCUUACCAUCAAUGAUGAGUACUUAGAUAUGCUGAAGCAGAUUAUGGGGAACAACACCAAGGUGGUGGACUUCGCCAAUGAGGAGGGCAUCAUAGAAAAGCUAGAGGAACUCAAGGUGAAGCUCUGCAAAAGUGAGAAGCCCCUAAAUGAGUACCUCGAUUCUAAGCGCAAGUCCUUCCCUAGGUUCUUCUUCAUUUCUUCCACCGACUUGAUUGACAUCCUCUCGAAUGGGAACAACUUCAAGCUCGUCAACACGCACGUUCAGAAGAUUUUCCUCUCCAUCCGGCGGUUCGUGACGCGGGGCGAGGCCCUCACGGAGUGCGAGCUGGGGAAUGAAGUCACUCUGGGGGGGGCACCAGGAGCGGCAUUAGAAGCAGCGCCAGGAGCAGUGCUAGAAGGAAAUGCGCACACCCCUACAGACGUCGCCGCGAACCACGCGAACCACGCGAACCCCGCGAACCACGCCAACCCCGCGAACCACGCGAACCCAGCCAACCCAGCCGCUCCCAACGAGGUGGUCACGAAGCUGAUCUCGUCCUACGGAGAGGAAAUCUGCAACUUCCACGAGCCCCUCGCCCUCCAGGGGAAGGUCGAGUGCUACCUCAACGACAUCAUAAAGCACAUCAAGCACACCCUCAAGUACUACAUCGCCAAUCUGUUCAAACAGAAACGCAUGUAUAAUUUGGAGAAGGACAAGUGGAUAGACCAGAAUUACCUCUCGCAAGUUUUCAUCCUCUGCAACUCUAUCUUUUUCGUUCGUGACGUUGAGGAUAUUCUACGUAAAGGAGAUUCAAAUGUGAGGGAGCAGCUCAAGAGUUACUACAAGAAUCAUAUUACUCAACUGGAAAAUGUGAUUAAGAAGGUCCAGAAGAAACUCACCGUGAGGGAUAGAAUCAAAAUUAUGUGCAUAAUUACUCUGGACACUUUCUAUAGAGACAUCCUGGAGGUCAUUCUAAAAAAUAAAAACUCCAUUUCGAUAAACAUGUUCGAUUGGCAAUCGCAAAUUAGGAUGUACCCCUGCUUUGGCAGUAAGGCUAGUGUGGGGGAGCCGAGAGACGUGACCGGGGGGACAACCCACUCAGCCGAUGUAACAAAUCAAAAGGUGAAGCAAACUACGGGGUUACACACAGAUGAAAACAUUUAUGAAGAAAACUCCCUAAACUUCAAACAGCUUUAUAUAAAAAUAAAAAUUAUGGACUGCUCCUUUAACUACUCAUAUGAUUACAUUGGCAACUACCAAAGGUUAGUCAUCACUCCGUUGACUAGCCGCAUCUACAUCACAGCUACACAGGCGUUGAGUCUCUAUAUGGGAUGUGCACCUGCUGGUCCUGCAGGCACAGGAAAAACGGAGACGACGAAAGAUUUGUCGAGCUUUUUUGGAAAAAACUGCUACGUGUUUAAUUGCUCAGAUCAGCUGGAUUACAAAAGUAUGGGGAAUAUAUUUAAAGGGAUUGGAAGCACCGGGUGCUGGUGCUGCUUCGACGAAUUUAAUAGACUCAUCCCGGAAGUGCUCUCUGUCUGUUCUAUCCAAUUUAAGUCUAUCCUAGACUGCAAACGGAACAAUAACAAUGUAUGCAUAAUCGGGGCAGAUGAAAUUAUUGUGAAAAAGAACUGCGCUGUGUUUAUUACCAUGAACCCGGAUUAUUUGGGAAGAUCCAAAUUGCCAGAGAGCCUCAAAAUUCUGUUUAGACCCAUCACUGUCAUCGUUCCGGACUUUAAUAAAAUAUGUGAAAAUAUGCUCAUGGCGGAGGGGUACGUAGAUGCCAAGUACUUGUCCAUCAAAUUUACUACCUUCUUCGAGCUGGCGCAGAGUCUACUGAAGGAGAAGCACUGCGACUGGGGGCUGCGAAGCAUCAAGAGCGUUCUUACCAAGGCGGGGUUCCUCAAGAGGACCUACCCGGAUUUGGACGAGAACAAGCUGCUCUACUCGGCCAUACACGACAUCAACAUCGCCAAGAUAUCUGCCUCCAACUGCCCCGUCUUCUCGGGGCUCCUCAACGACAUUUUCUUUUCCCACCAGGGAGCAGAGGCAACGAGCGCUGCGGGGGAGGGGCAAGUCGUCGCCAGUGAAGCGGCUAACGGAGCGGCGAUCGGCGCGGCUAACGGAGCGGCUAACGGAGCGGCUAACGGAGCGGCUAACCCCGCCAACACAGCCAACACCGCCGAUGCCGUGGAGGCGGAGCUGCUGCAGAUCUGCAGGCGGAACCACCUGUUCGGGCUGGACUACCUGGUGAAAAAAAUAAUGCAGCUGAACGACAUCAUCAACAUAAGGCACUGCGUGUUCAUCAUGGGGGAGGCGGGGUGCGGGAAGACCACCCUCUUCAACAUGCUGAUGGAGUACCAAAAGGAGCAGAAGAUGAAGACGGUGAGCAUAAGGAUCAACCCAAAAUCGAUCAGCAUCGAUGACUUGUAUGGAAAUGUUCAUAUGAAGACGAGGGAGUGGAAAGACGGCGUUUUCUCCAAAUAUAUGAGGAGCUACUCCAAGAGGGAAGACUGCGACAAGGCGUAUAUCAUCUUCGACGGCAAUUUGGAUUCCCACUGGAUAGAAAAUAUGAAUUCUGUGAUGGACGAUAAUAAAGUGCUGACCCUUUCCUCAAACGAAAGAAUUUUACUGAAAAACCACAUGAAUUUGGUGUUCGAAUUUAGCGAGUUAAUGUUUGCAACCCCAGCGACGAUUUCGAGAGCGGGGCUGGUCUACUUCUGCGUAGACCCGAAUGACCUCUGGAAGAAUUACUUCCUCUCGUGGAUAGACCGACAUGAACAUUUUAAUGCUACGGUGAAGAAGGCCUUCGAAAAAUUGAUGUACAAAUAUGUAGAGCCCACGUUUGCCUACCUGACGACGGUGAACACGUCCGUUAAAGUGUCCCCCAUCUCGCACAUCCAGUCGUUGGCUGCCCUACUUGACAUCCUGCUGGAGGGUAACAAUUUUGAGAGUUUAGAGCACUACUUCGUGUAUGCAGUUAUUUGGUCCUUUGGGAGCUUCCUCGGGGAGAAAGACAACGUGAAUUAUAAAAAAGGCUUCGACAAGUACUGGAAAAAUACCUUCAAAAGCAUCAAGGUGAAUAGGAAAAUCAGCGUGUUUGACUUUUUCAUAGAGGGGAACAAGUUUAAGGAGUGGGAGGAGAGCGAAAUGGGGAAUGCAGUCAUGCGGGGUAGCCUUCCAGGUAGCCCCCCCCAGGAGGACAUCUUCGUCGAAACGGUGGAGAGCUCCUCCUACAAGUAUAUCAGCAAGCUGUUCCUCAAGUCGAGCAUGCCCAUCCUAUUCAUCGGAAAGACAGGAGUGGGAAAAACCCUACUGUGCAAGAAAAUUCUGAGCGAAGAAAGGGAGGAGUACAAAAGCUUCUACAUGAUUUUCAACUACUACUCUAACGCUAAGAGUGUGCAAAGUCUGAUGCAAAGCUGUUUGGAAAAGAAAUCCGGCAAGCAGUUCAGUCCGCCCUUCCAGCAAAAGCUCAUCUACUUCAUCGACGAUAUCAACAUGCCCAAGUGUGACGAUUACAACACGCAAAGUGCCAUCGAGUUGUUGUGCCAAUAUAUAGACACCAAUUCCUGGUUCGAUUUGGAAAAAUUAAAUCUCAUCAAAAUUGCAAAUACGAAGCUGAUUUCCUGUAUGAAUUACAACAGGGGAAAUUUCACGGUGAACCCUAGACUGCUCAGGCACUUCUUCAUCCUCAAUGUGAGCUUCCCAGAGAAUAACACGGUUAAUAGCAUCUUCAGCGUCCUCCUGAAGGGACACUUCAACAGCUUCAAGCAGGAUGUAGCUGACUUAGUUCCCUCCAUCCUAAAGUCCACCAUUUCGCUCUUCUACAAUAUAGAAAAAACGUUCAAAAGGACAGCCACUUACUUCUACUACGAAUUUAACCUUCGAGAUAUCCACAGCAUCGUCAAGGGGUUGCUCACCGCACAGCCAAGUGCCUUCCAAGACUGCGACAAGUUGCUCUUCCUCUGGCUACACGAAUGCGAAAGGGUCUACUCAGAUAAGCUAAACAAAGCAGAUAGAAAGAAAUUCAAAAUGCUCAUCAUCGAUAUAGUGAAAAAGAUGUAUAACAAAUAUGAGAUUAGCAAAUUUGUGAUGAACAAUGAGAGGUCUCUACUCUUUUCUAAUUUCCACAAGGGAACUCCCUCAGGGGGGUACACCGAUAAGGUCUACGAUUUGUGCAAAAAUGAGGAGGACCUUACCGCCUACCUAACAGAGGAACUGAACGAAUAUAAUAAUUUUUACAAUUUAAAUAUUGUCCUCUUCAAUGAUGCCAUAAGACAUAUUUGCAAACUCAUUCGAAUUGUGGACAAUUUAAAAUCACAUGCUCUCCUGCUAGGCAUUGGUGGCUGUGGGAAGACGACCAUUUCCAAGUUCUCCGCGUACAUUUCAUCAAAGAGCUUUUUCGAAAUGGACUUCCCAACACAGUGCUCAGAUAAUGAUGUGAAAAAAUACCUGCAGAAUAUUUUCUACAAAUGUGGUAUGAAAAAUGAAGAGAUUAUCCUCUUCCUUAAGGAGAGCAAAAUUAUUGAUAGCUUCUUCAUAUACGUAAAUGAAUACAUGUGCUCAAAAAAUAUCAUCGAUUUGUAUACAAAGGAGGAGAAAGAUUACGUCGUUCAGAAUAUGAGGAAUAUCGCCAAGGCGGAGGGGGUCCAGGAGACGGACAGUAGCAUAUUCGAGUACUACCUGAAGAAGGUGAAUGAAAAUCUGCACUUCAUUCUGUGCUUCUCCCCCACGAGCAACAAUUUUAGGGACAAGUCCAAUAACUUCCAGUGCAUCCUCAAUAACACCAUGAUUGAUAUUUACGACAACUGGGAGUCCGACUCGCUGCUCUGCGUGGGCCGCAACUACGUGAGCGACAUCUACAUGGACCUGCGCACGGGGGACAUACAGCUCAGCGGGGUGGCAGCCGCGGAAGCGGCGGGGGGAGUGCAAGUGGAAGUGGCGCAAGCGGCGGGGUGUGUGGAAGUGGAAGCAGCUGGGGUAGUGCCCCCCGCCGCUAUCGCGACCGCUACCGCGACCGCCGUUAUCACUACCACCGCUAUCACCGCUACCCCCCCGGAGCACGUCAACCUGAAGGGAAUCGUGACGGAGUACCUCAUGGAGUGCUACGAGGACCUCCUCGAAAUCGCCGCCGACUACCACGCCCACGAGAGGGCGCACAUCUACGUCACCCCCAAGCUCUACCUGGAGAGCAUCAAGACCUACCACAUGAUGCUCCUCAAAAACGUCACCAGCAUCAGCAGCAAAAUGGAAAUGCUCAAAAGCGGAAUCACAAAAAUGAACGAAACCAGCGCGAACGUAGAAAACAUCAAAAAUUCACUCAAGGAAAAAAAAAAAAUCUCAGAGGAGAAAAAGGAAGCCUCGGAAAAAUACGCCAUAGAUAUUGGGAACGAAAAAAUGAUCGUUAAGAAGGAGAGCGACUUGGCGGACAUAGAAGAACAGAACUGUCUGGAAAUCCAAAAAAGGGUUCUCAAGCAGCAGGAGGAGUGCGAAAAUGAUAUCGCCCUGGGAAUUCCCCUCAUAGAACAAGCGGAAGAGGCCCUAAAUACGCUCAACAAAAAAAACAUUCAAGAGUUGAAGACGCUAAAUAAGCCCCCCCCAGGGGUGGAAGACAUCACAGCCGCGGUCAUGCAGCUGCUAGCCACAAUCGACACAACAAUCGCCGUAGACAAGUUUGGAAAAAUUAAAGACAGGAGUUGGAAGUCCGCCCAGAAGAUGAUGAUCAACCCGGAAAAAUUCAUCUCCCUACUGAAAGAUUAUAAAAACAAAAUUGACGAAAAUUUAGUCCCAGACUGUAACUUUAAAUACGUAGAGAAUUUGAUUAACCUCCCCCAUUUUAAUAAAAAUGCCAUUCAGAAGAAAUCCAAAGCCGCUGCGGGGCUAGCUGAAUGGGUUCUAAAUGUCACCUCGUUUCAUAAAAUUAUACAAAAUAUUCUGCCCAAGAGAACCCUCCUGGAAAAUACCAAAAAAGGUUUAGAAGAAGCGAAUGAGAAGUUGCAAACCGUACGGGAGAAGGUACAAUCCCUUAAGGCCCAGCUGAGCACUCUCAUUAGUCAAUACGAUCAUGCCCUCUACGAAAGAGACCUCGUCAUUUUGGAAGAGAAAAAACUGAAAACCAAGUUGGAGCUCUCCAUCAGGUUGAUAGACGCCCUAAGCAGUGAGCAAAUAUCAUGGUCUAAUCAGUAUGAAGCUUUGAAGAAGAAAAAAAAAACCAUCCUCACGGAUAUACUCUUGUCUUCCACGUUUGUCACCUUCUGUGGGGGGUUCACCAAAAAGUACCGAAAUAAGAUUAUGACGAAGUGCGUUGAGACGUUGAAUAGGAAGAACCAGGUUCAGAACGAGGUCUUCAGCGAGGUGCUCAGCAAGUUGCAGAAGAGUGCUGGGAAGGGGGAUCACAUCAAGGGAAGCGUUCCCCCCGCCAGCACGACAAACGAAUGUGCGGGUUCCUCCCCCCUGGGUAGCGCAGUUGACACAAAUCAUGGCAGAUUAGACCAACCGGGGGGAGAUAAUCCUCCGCUACACAAAGGAGACGCGCCCACCUGCGGGGAGGACUCCAAGGAAAACCUCCCAUACGACAUCUUCUCUGUGAACAGCUUCAACCUUGACCUGCUAAUAAACGAAGAGACCCUUUCUAAGCUGAGCAAGCAGGGGUUAACCCUAAACUCGGUCUGCAUAGAAAAUAACUUAAUCCUAGAAAACAGCGAAAAGUUCCCCAUCAUUAUAGACCCCCAAAUGGAAAGCCUCAAAUGGUUGAUUAACAGCCAAAAGGAGAAAAGCCAAAAGCUAAUCAUCACAGAUAUAAACGACAGCAUGCUUUUUAAAAAAAUAAUUGAAUGCCUCUCCUUUGGAUACUCCAUAAUUAUAGAAAAUGCAGAUGAAAAAAUUGACAAUUCUCUUUAUAACAUUAUUUCGAAAAAUAUAAUAAAGAGAAAAAAUAAUUACUAUAUUAAUAUUAAUGAGAAGGAACACGUCUUCCACCCCUCCUUCUACAUCAUCCUGCAUACCCAGCUGUCCAAUCCGCACUACCAGCCAGAGAUUCAGUCUGCCUGCUCGCUCAUCAAUUUUACUGUAACGCCUGACGAUCUAGAGGAACACCUCCUCUCCAUUACCCUCGAAAACGAAUUCAACCACUUGUCGAAGAAGAGAAAGAAACUUUCUUUACUUAAAUAUGACUACAUGUGCCAACUGUCCUUCCUCCAAUCUUCCAUCUUGCAGAAGCUGACCAAUGCCAAGGGGGACAUCCUCGAAGACGUCUCUCUCAUUGAAAACUUAGAAACUACAAAACUGCUUAGCGAAAAUAUUACCAAAAAAACAGAAAUCGUCAAAAACACAGAAGUUCACAUCAACACCAUCAUCAAUCUGUAUAGACCCUUGUCCAAACGGGGCGUCAUGUACUUCUUCAUCUUGCAGAAGCUCAAAAAUAUACAUUCGUUUUACUUUUACUCGCUCGAGAUCUUUCUGAAGAUCUUCAUCAAGUGCCUCAAUGACUGCGCUCAGUUCAGGCCCCCCAGCAGCGGCCCCCAGCCAAGGGCCAAGCCCCGCCGCAAGAGGGGGGGAGCGCCUACCAAGGGGGGAGAAGCGGCUACCAAGGAGGGAGAAGCGGCUACCAAGGAGGGAGAAGCGGCUACCAAGGAGAAAGAAGCGGUUGCCGAGGGGGGAGAAGUGGCUACCAAGGAGGGAGAAGCCACCCAAGUGGAGCUAACUGUGAAGGCGGAAGAGCCAACCGAGCCGGAGGUUAUCCCCAAUGCAAGCGAACCGGGAGUUACCGCCAAUACAAACGAACAUGCUGGUUCCGCUAGCCCAACAGCACCCGAGGAAGCCGCCAACCUAGAUGAGCCGAAAGAGGAGACAACAGAAAAACCGGAAGCGCCGGAAGCAGCGGUCGAAGUUGCGCCUAACCUAGAUGAACCGAAAGAAGGGGAGACAGGAGCAGAACCAGAAGAACCCAAAGUGGAAGCCGAAUCAACCGAACCGGAAGCGGCCGCCAACCCGGAUGAGCCAAAAGAAGAGGAAACAACCGAAAAGCAGGAAGCGCCGGAAGUAGCGGUCGAGACGGCCGAACCAGAAGCGGCCGCCAAUCCGGAAGCGCCUGAAGCAGCGGUCGAGACGGUCGAACCAGAAGCGGCCGCCAACGCAGAUGAGCCAAAAGAAGAGGAUACAACCGAAAAACCUGAAGAACCCGUAGUGGAAGCCGAACCAGAAGAACCCCAAGUGGCAGCCGAGCCAACCGAACCAGAAGCGGCCGCCAAUCCGGAAGCUCCUGAAGCAGCGGUCGAGACGGUCGAACCCGUAGUGGCAGCCGAGCCAGCCGAACCAGAAGCGGCCGCCAACCCGGAUGGGCCAAAAGAAGAGGAAACAACUGAAAAGCAGGAAGCACUGGAAGCAGCGGUCGAGGCGGUCGAACCAGAAGCGGCAGCCGAACCCGCCGCCACUCCGACCGCCCUUGAAAGUGACGCGAGUCCAGUCGAAUCAGAAGUGGUCGCCAAAGCAGAAGUGUCCUCUAAAUCCGAAGCGGUUGUGAAUCCAGCGGAAGUGGACGCCAAGCCAGAAGCGCCCCCCGCCGCUGAAGUGGAGGCCCCGCCCAGCGCGCGGAAGGGAGAGGAAGACGAGGAUAGCACCAGCAUAGAGAGCAGCCACCUGGACGGAAGCGAACUCGAAAGUGACGACCUCGACGGAGAGGAGGCGCAGAGCGAAGAAACAAAAAUUGACAAAAACGAAGUGCAGAGGAGAGUGAACGUGCUAAUCAGCCUCCUCAUAGAAAAGAUGUGGAUGUAUAUCGAUAAGGGGCUCCUGGAGAGAGACAAGCUCAUCGUGAAGUGCCUCAUCAUGUUAAAUUUGGAGAAGCUGAAUGGAAAUAUUACCCAAGAGGAGGAGGACAUGUUCAUAAAUCCAAAGUGCAUGCAAAAAACAAGCCAAAGAGAAAAUGAAAGAGGGGAAAAAAAACUCAUCAACAAAUCUUUCAUGAGUGAAGAGCUAUACCAAGACUGUAAAAAUUUAGAGAAUUUGAAGGACUUUGACAGUUUGACGGAGAGCUUAGAAAGCGAGAGCAUGUCGUGGAAGCAGUGGUUCCUAAGUGAUAAAGUAGAAAGGGAGGAGCUGCCCAGGAAAUACAACAAUUUGAAGGACUUCUCUAAGCUGCUACUCAUAAGGGUGUUGCGGAAGGACAGGUUCCCGGUGGCGCUGAAAAACUACAUCCAGAGGAACAUCAAAAUGACGAAUGAUGAAAAGAACACCUACUCGCUGGGGAAAAUUCUGGAGGAGUACAUCGACAGUAAGACGCCCGUGCUGUUUCUCUUGACGCCGGGGAACGACCCCUCUAAGGAUAUCGAGGAGUACGUGGCGAAGCUGAAGAGGGAGAAGGGGAGGGGGCAAAUAAGCGGCCAAAAAGGCGGCCAAAAGGGCGCCCCAAAAGGAGACCACCCAACUGGGGAGCUGCUCCCCAAAGGAGACCGCCCAACUGGGGAGCUGCCCCCCGAAGAGACCAUCUCCUACGUGAACAUCUCCAUGGGGCAGGGGCAGGAGAGCAUCGCGCUCAAGUACCUCCGGGAGACGUCCCAAUCGGGGGGAUUCAUAUUCCUGCAGAACAUCCACCUCAUGACCAAAUGGCUUAAAGAAUUUGAAGAAAUCCUCGACAAAAUAUUAACCGAUGCGCACCCGAACUUCCGUCUCUUCCUAUCGUCAGCCAUCCCCUCCGAAAAAGACACCAAACUGCUCCCGGAAAAGCUACUAAAGAAAUGCUUCCGGAUUAACAAUGAAAAGUCCUUCAGUCUGAAGGACAACAUCAAAUGCUCGCUGGAGAAAUUCCAAAGUGGGGAAUACGACGAUAAGUUGAGGAAUGUCAUUUUUGGUCUCUCCUACUAUCAUAGCUUGCUCUUGGGGAGGUUUUUAUAUGGCAAGAUUGGAUUCAGCCAGUCGUAUUCCUUCAACGAUAAUGACUUGGAGAUCUCCUUCAACAUUAUUAAGAGGUACUUGGAGACCUACAACAGCUUCCCCCUUGCAGACGUCCUCUUCCUCAUCGGGGAAAUCAUCUACGGGGGCCACAUCACGGACGUGUGGGACCGCCGCAUAAACAAGACGUACGUCAAAAAUGUGCUCAAGGAGAUUUACAAAAAUGUGGUUGCCAUUAAUGGGGGUGAGGUGCGCGCGGUGGCUAACGGGGACGACGAAAGUGACGCAGGGGUAGAGGCAGACGGAGGGGAAGCGGCAGGGGUAGCGGCAGACGGAGGGGAAGCGGCAGGGGUAGCGGCAGACGGAGGGGAAGCAGCCGGGGUAGCGGCCGGGGUAGCGGCGGGGGCAACGCAUGGAGAGGGCUGCGGGGAGAGCGACGCAGCCGGGCGCGCAAAGAAGCCCCAGGCCCGCCGCGAAAAAAAGGAGGAAGACGAAAUGGACGAGCAGGCAGUCCUCAAGGACACCAGGGCCAACAUCCUCUUCGAGGUUUUCAAAUUCCCAGACUGCACCAAAUACAACAUUUCGCAGUUAAAAAAAUACGUUGAAGAAAAAAUGAACAAAGAGCAAACCUCCCUGCUGGGUCUCCACGUGAACGCAGAAAUUGAGUACAUGAAAAAUGAGUGCUCCAGGAUUUUGCAGAACUUGCAAGAGAUCAGCAGUCGGGAGAUUUCCUCCUCGGCGGGUUCCUACCAGAAGGGGGCACACGGGGGAGGCGCGGCUGGAGGUGACCCAGUUAGCGGCAAACAGGGGGGUCACCUAGUUAGCGGCAAACAGGAAGGUCACCCCGCUGGAAGUAUCGCUACCGCCAAACAGGGAAGCCACCCCAAGGAGUCCGCCCAGGGGGGGAAGAAGGACCGCCACAAAGCAAACGCAGAAGCGGAGAGUGGGAAAAACGAAACCACCAAAAUUAUAUACGACAUUAUUAACCGCCUCCUAAAUGAACUACCAGAAAAGAUAGACGUAAGCGACUUGAAGAUUGAAGACGCAGAGACGAACACCUUUAUGGUAAUUGCAUUGAAAGAAUCCGAGAAGUUUAAUGCACUCAUUGACUGUAUCCACGACACCUUGGUCGAGAUAAAGCUAGUGCUCGAUGGAAUCCUAAAUAUGAACAUUAAAAUCCAGCUAAGCAUCAAAGCGUUGCUGCUGCAUAACAUCCCAGAAGUGUGGAAGAGCUACUCCUACCCAUCGAAAAAGAAACUGCUGCCAUGGUUUGAAGAUUUCAAGUUAAGGGUAAUUUUCUUACAAGAAUGGGUUGCAAAAAUAAGGUGCAAUGUUUUCCUGCCCAGUUCUGUAUGGCUAUCGGCGCUGUUCAAUCCCAUUUCGUUUCUCACCGCCAUUAAGCAGAAGUUCUCCCAUGAGAAUAAGGUCCCCAUAGAUAAGCUAAAGCUCAAGUGGCACGUCACAAAUAUAACAAAAGUGGAGGACCUAAAUAACAAAAACAACUCUUUAUACAUCCAUGGGUUGUUUCUGCAGGGAGCCUCGUGGCUGAUUAACUCCCAAAAUGACUCCUUCACAUUUGAUAUGGACCACUUGAGUGAAAACGUGUCGUAUGGCAAUCUGGUGGAGUCCGUGCCCAAGAACAUCUUCUUCCCCAUGCCGCUCGUCUACGUUUACUGCGUCACGAACGAGCAGGACGAGCAGCUCGCGCGCGCCUCCGAGGCCCGCUACUUGGAGAGCCCCCUCUACAUCACCUCGGACCGGGGCGCCACCUUCGUCUGCCCCGUCGACUUGAACCUAGAAACGGACGACGUCGAGGACAAGUGGAUCUUGGCAGGAGUCGCCCUCUUCCUGUCGGACGAUUAG